AUGGAUCUGCCCGGAACUUCAUCUGAGAAACCAACUCAUGUGCCAAGCAUUGGACAAUUUGCCCCAUCGCUGGGGUCACCAACAUACACAUGGCCAACUCCUCGAUUUGUGGCAGCAGCUGCAGCUGCUGCUGUUGCUCAGUGCCACCAGCACCGUCCAACCCUCCCAGAAGAGAAGGCACCAUCAACCUCAACAUCAGGACAUUUUCAUCAGAGCCCUGAGGUUCUGGAUCCAAACAGUUCCAUUUAUGGUAGCAUGUAUGCACCUGCUGGAUAUUUACAGACUCCACUAACAAUUGGUAAAAUCGUGCCAACAUCAUCCACUUCAGAAUCAUGCAAACUGAAAACUGCUACUUCCACAAAUACAUUGACCACCACGGCACCAUCAUCAAUGUCAAAUGCAGUCAUGAACUGCCAGAAACAGUUCCAAGGGCCAAAAUUAACAGUACCACAACCUCUAUUUCAUCAUCACCGAUACAAUAAUAAUAAUAAUAACAAUAACGAGAGUAACCCUAUUUCUUCAGACAAGACUGUCCAUCAACAAACUUGCUAUCAAGUCUCAUCAAGUAAUAUAAACUGUCCAAAAAUGUUUUUCUGUGAUAUCUGUCCAAAGCAGUUCUCUCGUAAGGACAAACUUCAGAUUCACAAGCGGACACACACCGGCGAGAAGCCCUUCCAGUGUGACCUCUGCUGCAAGCAGUUUGCCCAGAAAGACAAGCUGAAACUGCACCGACGGGUACACACUGGGGAGAAGCCCUAUCACUGUGACAUUUGUCCGAAGCAGUUUUCUCGCAGUGACAAGCUGCAGAUCCACAAGCGAACACAUACAGGUGAGAAGCCCUUUGACUGUCACCUCUGCCCAAAACGGUUUGCACAACGUGACAAACUGUUGCUGCACAUUCGCGUCCAUACUGGCGAGAAGCCGUACGCCUGCGACCUGUGUCCAAGACGCUUUUCCCGUGGGGACAAGUUGCAAUUGCAUCGCCGGACGCACACAGGGGAAAAGCCUUUUGGCUGUGACAUCUGCCCGAAGCGGUUUGCACGCGGCGAUAAACUCAAGAUUCAUCAAUAUAUGCACUCGGGUUACAAACCGUUUGUGUGCAAAGUCUGUGACAAACGGUUUGUUCAGAAGGACAAACUCCGAAUCCACAUCUAUUCAUUUCUAUCUCUCUCUAUCUCAGCCUGUUCAUAUCUAUCUCAGCCUCUUCAUAUCUAUCAAUCUCAGCCUUUUCAUAUCUAUCUAUCUAUCUAUCUAUCUAUCUCAAUCUCUAUAUCUAUCAAUCUCAGCCUCUUCAUAUAUAUCUCAGUCUGUUUAUAUCUAUUUAUCUAUCUCAAUCGGUUCAUAACUAUCUCAACCUAUUUAUAUCUAUCUAUUUAUCUUUCUCGAUCGGUUCAUAUCUAUCUAUCUAUCUAUCUAUCUAUCUAUCUAUCUAUCUAUCUAUCUAUGUCUGUUCAUAUCUAUCUCUACCUGUCUGUUUAUAUCUAUCUAUUUAUCUAUCACAUUCUGUUUAUAUCUAUCUCAGUCUGUUCAUAUUGA